AGGAGCAGCAAAAAUAUUUCAUUCACGCGCGCACUUCAUUGGCUUCGUGCCGCUUGUCGUUUUGUGCGCCGUGUUCAGCCAUUCUUGAGGAGUCUUGGUUGUCGAGUCGACUCUUCGAGCGUGGACUUGCUUAGCGAACUAAGUCGAACUAAGUCUUAGCGCUUUCCUUCUCCGGCUUGGUCCUAUUCCUUCAGCUAUUCCGCCAGCUCUAGAUAUUCCACCACCGCUAUGUCGGGAUUCAGCACUAAGGGCCGGCCGAUAGUGCCGGCGUUCGGUCUAUGGCGGACAGCCGGCAGCGAGGGCCCUACAGACGCGUCCUCAAUCUCCCAGGUGUUUCGCGAGGCGGGCCAGAAGGCACUGCAGGCGAAGCAGCAGCAGCAGCAGCUGGCGCUGGAAUCACAUGAGGAAAGCGUGAGCACUGGUAUCAACGGAACCACCCCCUCCUCCUCCUCCUCUUCGUCCUCUGCUGCUACCCACCCUUCCUCUGCUGCUACCCACCCUUCCUCUGCUGCUACCCACCCUUCCUCUGAUUCCCAUUUCUCCUCUGCCUCCCACCCCGCCAUAGCAUCCCACCCUUCCGCUGCGCCUUAUCCGUCCGCAGCAGCCAACUCGUUCGUUCUGUCAGUACCCCUCCAAGCAGGGUCUAAGACCGGCACCCACUCGCCGACUUCUCAGGUCCAUCCCUCCGAUUCAAGCCCGAGCCUUUCGCCUCGCCAGACUCUUGCAUCGACUCACCCGCAUCUCGAAGCACCUAAGACCUCGGCGUUCGAGCCGGCGCGCUCUCCGCAGCGCUCGUCGUAUUCUCCGGCCUUUUCGAUUAAAACGGCAGUCGCGUCGGUUGUGGGAAAGGUUAAUCUCAUCAGCCUGAGCGACAGCUACGCUACCAGCGACGCGUCGACGAUAUCGGCCGUGUUUCGCGACAAGAAAAAGAAGACGCUGCAGGAGAAGCAGCAGCAGAAAGGGCUCCUCCUCUUCCCCACUCGCGAAGACCCUUCCUCUCACGAUUCUUCAGGUGGUUCGUCAGGUGCUUUUGCCAGUGGAACCGAGCCAUCGGCCCAGCGGGCCGUACCGGAUGCCGAGUCGCUCUCCCUUAUCAGUCUCAGCGACAGCUACGCUGCAGGCGACGCGUCGACGAUAUCGGCCGUGUUUCGCGACAAGAAGAAUAAAAUCUUACAGGAGAAGCAGCAGCAAAAGUGUUCCGCCCUCUCCCCUGCGCGGGACGACCCAACUGUCGCCGCUCCUGCCAGUCCUGCUGCUGCUGCUGCUGCUGCUGCUUCGCCGGCUGCUCAAGCUUCUCCCAAGCGGUCGCCCAUUGAGUGGACCCACAGGUCCCCACAGCGAAACCCAUGGUCGGGAAACUGCAACGCCGUGCACCCGGAAACUCCGGCGGAAGGUCCUACGUGGCGUCCUCAUCAGCUCCACGGCGGUCCGUCUGACGUGGACUCGGACGCGUCGAUCAUAUCCCUGGUUUUCCGGGACAUGCGGCACAAGGCGCGGCAAGAGCAGGAAUUGAAGGCCGAAGCUGACGCGCGGGUGCAAGCGAGCUCAGGAGCACAAGGGUUAAAAGCAGCAGAAUUAGUAGGAGCAGAAGCCGAAGGGCUAGUUGCGGAGGGGGUAGGGCCGGCGGCAGAAAAUGCAGGUAUGGCGUCCCCCGCGUUUCCCGCCUCGCCUGUACACGCGCUCGCGAGUCCCAACCGUCCCGACCGCUUAUCCCCCUCUCGCGAAUCCUUCCAGCCGGCCGUCGACUUCUGGCCGUCUAGCUCGCUGGCCGCGGCAGCAGGGCCGGCGGGGGAGAACGUGUCGCUGGUUUUCUGGUCGAAACAGCAGGACGGGCGCGCAGGGGAGGACGCGGCGACGGCGAAAUUCGGGGAGAGAAUCCGCACGUUCACUGGUGACGGUGGGAAUGCUGCGGGAUGUGCGACAGAUGGAGCAGGGGCAGAGCGGGGAGGAGGCGGCAGGCUGGAGGAGACGCCUCAUGACGCGUCGCAGCCGUAUGAGUUGACGGCCUAUGAGGGGUAUCAAACGGCAGGGGUAGGAGGGGAGGUGGUUGAUGAGGACGUGCUGCACGCGUGUCUGGACCCCGCGUACGCUGACCCGCGGCGGCGCUACAUGUCCAACCCCACGUGCUCACUGGACGAGGCGUUCGACGCCAUCCUGCAGAACGUGCCGGACAGCGGGCCUCUGGCGGGUGACGAGAGAGACGCAGCACAGGCAAGCCCAGGAGCAGCAGCGCAGCAGCAGUGGGAAGACAACCAAUCUCUUGAUCAGGUCCAGCACCAAGACAUGUUGUCCCCGCAGCAGUCGCCACGGCAACAGCAGCAGCAGCAGCUGAAGCCUCAGUCGCCGCAGCAGGCUCGGCCAAAGUCAGAGCAGGGCAGCAGGGCCGGGCGAGACGAGUACGACAACGAGGUAUGGGGCGGGGCACAGCAGCACCACCACCAGCGCCAGCCCCACCAGCAUCACCAGCAGCAGCAGCAGCAGGGGGGGGGUCAGGUGGGGCUACGGGGCUUGAAAGCGCGCAGCAGGGCGUUUGUGAGCAAGGUGAUGACGAAGCUCAAUGGCCGCAUGGGCAUGGGCGUCAGCGGCAGCAGCCCACAGUCGGUGAGCAUCUUGAACCACCUGGGCCCGGUGAGGAGCGCGGAUGUGGGAACCGUAGCAGUGGCGCGCAGCACGGAGGCCGCGUUUCUUCCGUCUAGGAGCGUGCGGAGUGAGUCGGAGCCCUGGGCGCAGCAGCAGCAGCAGAAGCAGCUACAGAAGCAGCAGCAGCAGCAGCAGCAGCAGGGGCCGCCACUGCUGCAGCUGCCUGGUAGGAAAGGUGUUGUGUCAUCGGCGUCGUUAUCACCAUCACUAUCACCAUCAUUGUCACCCUCCUUAUUAUCACCAUCAUCAUCAUCACAGCAGCAGCAGCAGCAGCAGCAAAAGCUUCUCACCUUUCCGACAGUAUGAGCUUUUGCUUGGUGGUUCGCUUGGCAUGGUACCCUCGUUAGCAGGGCUGAUUUUAUCAGACUACUUACUCUGAUUAGUCUGAAAUCUCAGACCGGUUUUUUUGCCAAACCUGAAUUUCCAGAUACGGCAUUUUCUCAAUCCUGAUCGAUUCAG